AUGAAAAAAAUGAAAAGACAACAAAAAAAGAUGAACCGAAGAAUGGAUGUCCAGGACAUGGGAGAUGAAGAGAUAAUCAGUGAGAGACGUCCCAAGAAGAAAAAGGCGAGGAAAGACGGCGACGACACGCCCAGGGUUACUUACAUAUCGGAGGAUGAGCAUGAUGAGCAUGAUGAGCAUGAUGAGCAUGAUGAGCACGACUGGCACGACGAUCAUGGUGAACAUGACGAGCACAGCCACGGGGGCCACCACAGCGAGGACGCGGAGGACGGCUUCGUCGACGAAUACGCGUUGAGAAAAAACAGCAAAAGGGGAAAAAAGGGAAAAGGAAAAGGGAGACGCACAAAAGAGCCAAACAAAAGCGAAAAAAAGAGCUCACUAAAAGGGGCGAAAAAAAAAAAAGGACGAGGCAGUUAUACGGAUGACCUGGCGGAGCACGAAACCACUUGGGAAAAUAAAAAAAGAAGACGAUCAGCAGAAGGUGACAAUCAUGACGAGCAGGAGGACGACGAGGAGUAUGAACCCAAAAGGAAAGUCCCGCGCAAAGACAUGGACGACGAUUACGAACACAACACGGAUUAUGAAAAAUCGCUGAAAAACAAAAGCACAGGAAAAAAAAAAAAAAAUCACCACGAUGACAGCAGCACGGGAGACGAAAUAGAAGAAAAAAAACACGAGUUGCAGGAGCUCAACGAGGUGGUCAGUGAGCUGUCCUCCAAAAAGGAUCUCCUCCAAAAUGCAGAAGACCACAUGGAGGAGUUGCUGAAGACGAUUCACUCGCUCGAGACGAAGAAGUAG